CAGUCUUUUGUUUCCGAAACGCCUUGAGACUAAGCCAACAUGAAGGCAGUUCUGUUGCUCACUAUAUUUUGCGUCAUCACCUACGCUGACCACCACGAAGGCCACCAUGGCAACCACACUGAGGAGCACGGACACCAUCACGGACACGAUCACGGACACCAUCACGGACACCAUCAUGGGCACCAUGGAUCCGUCUGCAACCUGCCAGAGGGGUCACUGGCUACUGUGGUGGAAUGCGUUCAACGAAACGUCACUGAGGAGGUCCUGCAGAAGCUGACGCAAAUCAGCGAGAGUGUUCAGUGCGACACCAUCCUCUGUGGUAUCCAGAAGUUUUGUGAGAGAGACGGCACUUUGGAAAACAACCGAACCGACGUUUUCACGAGUGAGCAGAACCAGCAGCUCCGUGUAGCCUUCUAUAGCUGUCGGCCCCAGCAAGUGGCGGCUACUGAAGCCCCUCAGCAAGUCAGCGAAGUCGCACCUGAAGCCUAAAUUCUGUAAAUAACGUUGAAUCAACAUGCGUUUACUUAAAUCUCAAAUAAAUACGCGAACGCGCAUCCCAUGCGUUUCCCAC